UUUCCUCGGCCUCGGCCGGCGGCCCCGCGCGUCCUCUUCCGGUGCUGUGGGUGUCGGCGUGAAGCGCGGCGAUGGCGACGGGCGGUCCGGACCCGCGUGGUGGCGACGUAGAGGAGGACGCUUCACAGCUCGUCUUUCCCAAAGAGUUUGAAACAGCUGAGACACUUCUAAAUUCAGAAGUUCAUAUGCUUCUGGAGCAUCGAAAGCAACAGAAUGAGAGUGCAGAGGAUGAACAAGAACUUUCUGAGGUCUUCAUGAAAACGCUAAACUAUACAGCUCGUUUCAGUCGUUUCAAAAACAGAGAGACCAUUGCCAGUGUCCGUAGCUUGUUGCUUCAGAAGAAGCUUCAUAAGUUUGAGUUGGCCUGUUUGGCCAACCUUUGUCCAGAGACUGCUGAGGAAUCCAAGGCUCUGAUCCCAAGCCUGGAGGGGCGGUUUGAAGAUGAGGAACUGCAGCAGAUUCUUGAUGAUAUCCAGACCAAGCGCAGCUUUCAAUAUUAAUCUCCUAACAUUACUACUUAGGGAACCACAUCCCCAGCAUGGCACCACUGUCCCCCAGGAUCUGGGACCAACUUGCACAGAAAUUCUAUCAUAGAAGACAUUUGGGCUUUUGGAUACAACCACCCAGCUUUGUCUUGGUCUGGGUUGUUAUUUGAGACUUGACUGUUAAAUCAUAAUGACCAUGUAAUCUUGGAGAGGUCGUGCAGUGGCUGCUUGUGGCUUCCUGAGAUUUCCUCUGGAAACAUCAGGGCGGGGUGAUAAGCAUAUAAGCUGUAGUUUUUGGCCCCUGUGUUAUUUUUUAUUUCUAAUAUUUUAUGCUUUGAUUUCAAUGUGUUUCUAGUUUAUGAAACUAUACUACAACAUACAAAACUGGUAUGGGGAACAAUCUUACCUAAAUGCAAAAGGAAGAAUUAAACAAGACCUGUACAUUGUGUGAAAUUCUUAAAGAUAGGAUGGUAGUAGUGUUAAUGACCAUGCCAGAGCCUUGACAUUAUUGGGCUUAACACAGGAGACCAGAAGAAGCUCACAAUGGAAAACAGUCACAACUGAGGAUAACUGUGCUAAGUAUUGUGGGGCCGAAGCCUUGAGGUAGACAGGUAUUUUUCCUUUUUUCUUACUGUUGCGGAAUGUAGUUUUAGAAUAAGUGAUCCUAAAGUACUUACUUUAUCAUUCCCAAAUUUAGAUUUUUUUUUUCCUUCAUCUGCCAGACGUGAAGGUCUGAACACUUUGAAGUGCCCUUUUAGGUAGCAUCCCAUCCAAACCUCUGGCUUGCUACUUGGCAACAAGUGUUAUCAGAUGGGAGUAAUUUGGAAGGAGGGAGCCUGCCCAUUCCUCAGUCAGUACAGUGAAGUCAAUCAAUCUGAUACAAGUUGGAGAAAACAUUUUAAUAGCUGAACAUUAUAACUUUUAUCUUUAUGAAGGGAAAUAUGGUUUUUUUCCACAAUUUGGAAUUCUUUUUUUCUUUUUUUGUUUUGUUUUGUUUUGUUUUGCACUUGUUCCAAAUGAAUUCAUGAUCCAAGGAAAAAGGUUGAGGAAAAACGUUGGCUGUAAAGGUCAAGGUGAUUUUGUGUUAGUUGCUAAAGCAAAAAUAAAAUAUUCCUAUUUUUAUAAAUUCUUUCAAUUUCUGAAAUGACAUGGUUUAGUCACCAGUAUUCUUAUUUAAUAUUUAAAGGAAAUGACAGGUAUUCCUCAAUUUAAGAAAAAUUGAAGUAAAUGUUUUCAUCCUUGGAUAACUUCUUUGAGACCCAUCAGUGUUCUCAGUAUUAUCCACAUACUAUUAGAUACUAUUAACUUUCUCCUCUAUAAUUUUGAGAAGAUUGAGAAAAUAUUAAAAGCCUAUUGGUAUCUGACAUAUAUUAUGUUCCAAUAAAUGUUAAGUAUUGUGCUCCGUAGAUGAACAUGUAUACAUAGGUAAUAAAUAAGCUUGCUUCAUAGAAGUUAGUACAAGACUUUGGUAGCAUAUUAACUGGUGAUGGUAUCAGUCUAUGAACACAAACAAAAUUGCUUAUUCCUUAAGUCUCCAGAAUUAUCUUUUAAUGGAGGCAGUUACAUGUGCAGGUAGGCACCAAGCAGUAGACCAGAAAGAGCAGACCUGGAAAGCAGACCUGUGUUACAGCCCAGGUGCUAUCUGGCAAGAGCAGUAUAGUGCCACUGUCUUCACUGCUGUGCCCUCGGUGUGCCAAGAGUCUGUGAGCUCUAUGAGGGUGGGAAAGUAUGGAAAGUGCCAGGAAAAUAGGCAUUAAUUAAUGGUAGUAAGAUCAUUAGAAGCAGAUUUUUAAAAAUAACUCAUACUAGGAAAUACUUGUAAAAGCUACCUCAUGCUAUGUUCUAGAUUCAAAACCUCAUGAACAUAUUCUGCUGGGCAUUGUUCUCUGCAGUCCUGGCCAACUCUGUUUCAUCAUCAGAUUCUCUAAUCAUGUGUGAAACACUGUUAGGCCUACUGUACUAUGUUUGCAAAGGCAGAAUUAAGGGGCACAUUGAAACAAAACAAGAUAUGCUGUCAAACCCUCACUUCACCCGAAAGCUAACAGAAGAAGCUUUUCUAAAAAUUCUAGUCAUUCUGGUUUUAUUGAAAUUAAUUAAACUUGAGACUCAAAAUAUAGCAUUACUGGAGGGACCUGAGCACAAGUCAUUUUUUUAAACAUUAUUGAUUUCAGUUUAUGUUUAAAACCAUCAAAGCCUACAUAAAGAUUUGUAUGUGACUAAUUAAUGUUGUAUUACUCAUAGUCAGAAAUAAUCCAAAUGCUCACAAACUGAAUAGAUAAAUGUGAUAUAUAUUUUUUCAAGUUUUUACUACAAAAAUUUUAAGCAUACAGAAAAGCUGAAAGACUGGCACAUUGAUCAUCUAUAUGUUCAUCAACUACAUUUAACAUAACAAUAUUUGCUUUAUCUAAUAUAUUUUUGCUACAAAGCAUUUGAAAACACAUGAUACUUUAUUGAAAUAGUUAAAUGUGUUUUUCCUAAAUGACUUCCUUCUGUAAGCAGUAUUGGACUUA